CCCUGGGAUCUUCCUGAUCUAUCGAUUAUAAAGACGAAAGAUCCGGAGUGGUUCUUCUUUUGUCCACAGGACAGGAAGUACCCCAACGGCUACCGCUUGAAGAGAGCUACCACUGCUGGCUACUGGAAGGCAACGGGUAAGGAUCGCAAAAUCAAGUCUGGAACUAAGUUGAUUGGGAUGAAGAAGACAUUGGUCUUCUACACCGGUCGUGCUCCCAAGGGAAAGAGAACCAAUUGGGUUGUCCAUGAGUAUCGUACUACUCUUAAGGAACUUGAUGGCACUAACCCUGGGCAGACUGCCUUUGUCCUCUGUCGUCUGUUUAAGAAGCAGGAUGAGAGUAUUGAAGAGUCUAAUGGCGAUGAAGCUGAAGCUGCUAUUUCAUCUCCUACCACAGCUGAAUCAUCUCCUGUAGAUACCAAUUUAGAGCCAAUACUACCUUCAGUUUCUCCUUCACUGCAAAGACUGCCUGAAAAUUCUGAUGGAGUGCUAUCUGAAAUAGUAGAACCUACUGAUGGUUCAGCUGAAAUUCAUGGUUUUGAACAACAUAAUGCAGCAAUGGAUCCCCAUCCAGAUGAAGAGUGGAAAAGGUUCUGCAAUUUCGAGGACGAAACACUUGACAGCAAACUAUUUUCCCCAUUGCACUUGCAGAUGCAAGCAGAGCUAGGAUCGUCUGGCAUAUACUACUCUGAUAGCAAUUACCUGAACUGUGGAGCUAAUGCAGGGCAUAUACAGAGUGGGACAAAGGAGUCGGAUGCCUAUAUCUCGCAGUUCAUAGAAUCUGUCCUGAAUAGUUCGGAAGAUUAUUCAUUUGAAGACUUUCAGCAAGAAACCAUGUCCCAAAGUGAGUUUCUGGAUAAUACAGUGGCUAGCUCAGACAAUGGAUUUUAUGGCGAAGUGGAGGCUGAAAAUGCUAAAGCUGUGGUUAUGCCAGACUUUGAAAGCUCACUUUAUCUGGAGGAUAUCGAAAGAAAGACUCCUAUUAUUGAUCAUAUGAAAAUUGCACCAACAGAACAAGGUCAUUUUUACAACCUAUCAGGUAGCCUUCAGGAAUCAUGCAAUAAAUUGUCUGCCGUUGGAAGUACUGAAGCUGCAACUGGCAUUAGUAGAAGAAGCCGCUGGUCAAGAAGUCAGCAGCCACCGAAUGAGUUUUCUACAUAUCAGGGGACUGCAAUUAGAAGGUUACGUCUGCAACGCAAACUUCAAGUGCCAUCCUCACGCUCUAGUAAUAUGUCUAGUGACUCUGGUGGCCGACAGGGGGAUGAUGACCCCCCAUCAUUCUCAAGCGAGUUGAAAGAAGCUUCAGAAAACCAACAGACUAUUGGAGGUGGUUCUGCCUGUAAUGGUGAUUCCGUGGUGGCCACGGUUGAUGUUGUGAAACAGAAGGACCAGAUGAUGCCAGUUGCAGAGCCAGGCAUGAGCAGUAGUAAAGCCUCCCAGGAAGCCAGUGCGAAGUCAGCAGUCACAAGCUAUGGCUCAAAAAUUGACUUCUUAACGGGCAAAAGAAGAUUGGUGAAGGCGCUGCCACCCUCAAUCCUUUCCUACGUUUCUGUAGUUAGGCUUGUAGUUGUAGUAUUGUCCAUAAUUUUUAUUAGCAUCUGGAAGUGCUCUAACCGUAACCAGCGCAGCUACCUUUUCUCUCUCUUCUGUUAGCCUCCAUAGUUUUUUAUGCCCUUUAUGGGGGGUUACAGAAAAAAAAGAAAGGUUUUUGGAAAUAACAGCUUAGGAUUGUGAGGUAUAAUAUGUAUGUCGUCAACGUCAAUAUUUAGUUUGGGCCUUGUGUAUGUACUAUGUACGCCCUCAGCUUCAGGAGUCCCAUGUUCUUGUAUAAAACAGCUUCACUGUUCAUCUCCUUUUUCUUAAGGUGUUUUAUGUAUAUGUUUUGAAAUGUAGUCGAGUUCACUA